UCUGCCAUUAGCCCCCCCCAAAGAAUAUUUGGGGGUGGAAUUAGGGCUGGGGUUUGAUCGGCAUACCCCUGAAUGGCCUCGACCGACGCCGUUUCGGACUCUGCCCUCUGCAUAAACGACGUUCUGACGGAUGAUGAGCUCCGGUCCAUCCUGGCCAGGCUCGACGACGACAAGGACAGGGAUAUCUUCGGGCUCGUUUGUAAGAGAUGGCUUCACUUACAGAGCACCGAGAGGAAGAAGCUUGCUGCUCGUGCGGGGCCCCACAUGCUCCGCCGAAUGGCUGCCCGGUUCACCCGCUUGGUCGAGCUCGAUCUCUCUCAAUCAAGUUCUCGCUCUUUCUAUCCAGGGGUUACCGAUUCCGACCUCUCUGUUAUUGCCAAUGGCUUCAGAUACUUGAGGGUGCUCAAUUUGCAAAAUUGUAAAGGGAUCACAGAUGUUGGAAUGGCUGCAAUUGGUGAGGGUCUUUCAGCAUUGCAGUCUUUGGAUGUAUCCUACUGCAGAAAGCUGACAGACAAGGGGUUAUCAGCAGUUGCCAAGGGGUGUCCUGACCUACGAAUAUUGCAUCUGGCGGGAUGCAGAUUUGUUACAGAUGGAAUAUUAGAAGCUCUCUCCAAAAACUGUCAUAAUUUAGAAGAGUUAGACUUGCAAGGAUGCGCAAGUAUUACAGACAAAGGACUGACGAGCCUUGCAAGUGGCUGUAAACAAAUUAAGUAUUUAGACAUCAACAAAUGCAGUAAUGUUGGUGAUGUAGGGGUUUCUUGCCUUUCCAAGGCUUGUUCGUCUUCUCUCAAGACACUGAAAUUGUUAGAUUGCGAUAAAAUUGGGGAUGAAACUAUAAUAUCCUUAGCUGAAUUCUGUAACAAUCUUGAGACUUUAAUCAUUGGUGGUUGCCGGGAUGUCUCCGAUGAUGCAAUAAAGUCACUGGCUACUUCUGGUAGAAGAAAUCUAAAGAACUUGCGGAUGGAUUGGUGUUUAAACAUCUCUGACUCAUCAUUGAGCUGUAUAUUAAAUCAGUGCAGAAGCCUUGAAGCUCUGGACAUUGGCUGCUGUGAAGAGGUGACAGAUGCUGCAUUCCACUUAAGCAGUGAAGAAGCUGCUCUGAAUUUGAAGGUUCUGAAGGUGAAUAACUGUCCAAAAAUCACAGUGGCAGGUAUAGGCAUUCUUUUGGGCAAAUGCAAUUAUCUAGAAUAUUUGGAUGUAAGGUCCUGCCCACAUGUUACCAAGGCUGGGUGCGAUGAGGCUGGGUUGCAUUUUCCUGAAUGCUGUAAAGUUAACUUCAAUGGCAGCAUCAGUGAACCUGUUAAGCUUUUCUGAUGCUAUGAUAAUUUAACAAGGCUGGUAUCAUCUGAAGAUGAAGACAUUUGGAGAUGUGAAGUGGAUGCAUCUAGUAUCAUGUGUAUCAUAUCAGUUUCAUCCCGAGUUGUAAAUUGGGUCUGUAUUUGUAUAUUUGUUUUCUGCAUUUGCAAAUUAUUGCCUUACUCUCUUUGCAUUUGUUCCUUGGUUCGCCUUGUGCAUGAAAAUCCUCACAUCAUUGGGACCUAUUUCACCUCAAAAUUCGUUGUUCUGCGUUGCGAUGUA